AUGCCGCAUACGAAUCGCAAAAAGAAGAGUGGAGCGGGGGAUACCGGAGAUGUAGUGAUGAACGGAGCGGAGAAAACAAAAAAGAUUGUGCAACCUAUGAAGAGGAAACAAGUAGAGGAUGGAGAGGGCUGGACACAUGUUAUAGGAGGAGGAAAGAAAGCCAGUAGUGGAGAAGCAUGGACGCACGCGGGAGAUUUUGUGAAGGAUGGAGUUGCGUAUAUUGAGAGGACGGUGGAGGAAAUGAGGGACGAUUUGGUGUAUUAUGGGAAACAAUGGGAGAGUAGUGAAGCGGCGAAACAAUUGAAGGGGGUAUUGAAGGGAAAGGGUGCGGUGAAGAAUGUGGUUUGUUUGGGGCUGGGAAGUUUACAAAGUGCGAGGAGAGAAGGGAGGAGGAGUAGUUUUACGCAAUUGGCGGCCUUGAUGAUGAUUUUGGAAGAGUUGGGUGGUAUUGGUGCGGAUAAAAUACAAUGCGUAUUUCAAGAUCCUCAAUAUACAGAAACUGACAAGGAGUUCUUGAUUUCUUUGGCUGGAAUAGUGGUAGAUGACCCGUUAGCAUUUGAUCAUAUUAAAGAGGAUACUCUAGUAUAUGCGAUACAUUGUUAUGGACCAGUUUACAAGACGAUUAGUUCAGGACCUCAACCAGCUGUUCUUAUAGGAACAGAUAUGGAUAAUUUUUCUAGAUUAUACUUGUAA